GCUAUCAUGCCUUCGUUGUCUUCAAUGCAAAACCCAUCCGUCAUACUCUACGGCCCUGAAAAGGCGGAGAUAGAAGAUAGACCGAUUCCAGAGAUUUCGGACGGCCAUGAUGUGAUUGUCAGGAUACGCUUCGUUGGCGUCUGUGGUAGUGAUGUGCACUUUUGGAACCACGGCGGAAUAGUAAAACACGUCGACCCGUCCGUCGGCCUGACAAUGGGCCACGAAGCCUCGGGCACCAUCCACGCCAUAGGACCUCUCGUGACCAGCCUUUCCGUCGGCGACCGCGUAGCCUUGGAGCCCGGAACCCCCUGUCGCUACUGCAUACAGUGCAAAUCCGGCUUCUACAAUCUCUGCAAGGGCAUGCGAUUCGCAGCCGCUCCUGGACCACCUGUAGAUACGCAAGGCACGCUGAGCAAGUUUUUCAGGAUCGCAGAGGAUUUUGCGUAUAAGAUACCCGACUGGAUGAGUUUGGAGGAGGCGGUUCUGGUGGAGCCGACGGGCGUUGCGGUGCAUGCUGUGAGGCUGGCCGAGGUAAAAGCUGGAGAGGUCGUGGUUGUGAUGGGGAGUGGAACGAUCGGGUUGCUUGUUGCGGCCGUUGCGAGAGCGUUUGGCGCAUACCGUGUCUUGCUGGUUGAUAUACUGGAGAAGAAGUUGGCGUUUGCUGAGGGGUUCGUCGAGUGUGAGACGUACUUGUCUGAUGCGGAUUUGGAUGUCAAGGGGAAUGGGGAGAAGCUGUUGAAGCAGCUGGGCGUGGAUGGAGUGGAUACUGUGAUUGAGUGUUCUGGGGCGGCUGCAUCUGUUGAUUUGGGGAUUCAUGUUGCACGGGAGGGUGGGAAGUAUGUUCAGACGGGUAUGGGGCGACCGAGGAUUGAGUUUCCUAUUGGUGUGAUGGCGGAGAAGGAGUUGACGGUGAAGGGGUGUUUUAGGUAUAACGCAGGAGACUACGAGCUGGCGAUCAAGCUCAUGUCGAGGAAGUUGUUCGAUGUGAAGAAGCUCAUUUCUUCGACGUCGUCUUUUGAGAACACCACUGUAGCGUGGGAGAAGACGAAGAGUGGACAAGGCAUCAAGAAUUUGAUUCAAGGGGUGCAAGAUUAGAGACC